AUGAACGGUGGCGAGAUUGAUGUCGUGAAGCGACUGAAGCGCAAGUCAGACCUGAUACUCCUGCCACUCUUGACAGUCGCGUAUCUUCUGAACAAUGUUUCCAACGCGCACACGGCAGGCCUUGAGGAGGACCUCGGUCUCAUGGGCAACCAGUUCAACCAGGUUCUCACGUAUUAUCAAAUCCCCUUCAUUGUGUUUGGCCCUGGCAUCACGCUCCUCACCAAGUGGCUAGGAGCCCGGUGGACCAUUCCCGGCAUGCUCCUCGCUUUCGGGUCCGCGUCGUUAGCUAGUGGCUUCGCACGGGAUUUCAGGGACAUUGUCAUCUGCCGCGUCUUUGUUGGGGCAUUCGAGUCGGGCUUUCUUUCCUCCGUCAUCUACUAUCUGUCUAUAUGGUACACGAGGGCGGAGCUAGCCACCCGUAUUGGCAUCUUCUACGCCGCCUUGGUUGCGUCGUCUGCGUUUGGCGGCCUCUUUGCAUACGCUAUAUUUCACAUCCAUGGCGGCUCACGACCCAACUGGUCCUAUCUAUUUUCCCUCGAGGGCGGGCUUACGAUUCUAUGGGCGCUCGUUCUACUUGCGCUGCUCCCUUCCUCUUCAGCCUCGGCGUGGUUUCUGACAGACGAGGAGAGGGCCACGGCCUGUGCGCGUCUUGAGCAGGACUCCGUGACUUCGCUCGAAGGCGGGUUCAGUUGGCGAGAAGCGUUUGGGGAAUUUAGGACGGUGCACGGUUACAUCCGUAUCGUGCUUUCUUUUACGGCCGGGGUCACCUUGACGUCUAAUGCCAACUUCCUCGCCAUGAUUGUGAAACGACUAGGCUACAGCGUCAUCAAGACCAACCUCUCGUCAGACUACUUCCGCGAGCGAGGCUUCCACGGGACCGCAUCCACGAUCAUCAGCUUGAUCGGCUACCUCCUUCUCAUCACGAUCAACACUUCCAACACAUCGGUUCUGUACUUUGCUAUGUUUCUAUGUACCGCAGGCGCGUACCCAUCGCAAAUCAUUGGUGCGGCUUGGAUGGUCAUCAACAUCCCAAACCUCAACGCACGCGCCAUGAUGAGUGGGCUGGCCACGUCCGCAGGCAACAGCGGGGGCCUAUUGUCUAGCAAUAUUUAUCGCACUGAGGAGGCGCCUCGCUACAUUACAAGCUUGAGGACCAACUUGUCGAUGUGCUCCUUCGUCAUCGCGGCCACACUAGCGUAUUCGAUGUGGAUGAGAUGGGAAAACAGGCGCCGCGACCGGGAGCAAGGCUUGACGGGUUCUGCCGAAUACACGACGGGGGGAAUCACUAGCACAAGAGAUCCACGGUUCCGGUUCCAGGCCUAG